GCCGACACUUGCGAACACAUAUGGCCUCCUCCCCGGCGCGACCACCGCCGCCGGAUGCUGCCUCGCUCGACCGCUCGCGCUCACCGCUCGUCGGCGCGGUCCGCUUCAGCGAGAAUUUCUGGUUUGAAGCGCCCUCCGGCGGGUGGCGCAACGCCUACUCCUGGCUGCCGCCAGAGCCUGUGCCCUUGCGAGCCGUCAUCAUACUGUUUCACGGGUACGGCGAGCAUGCGUUGCGCUACCAGCCGCUCGGCGAGGCGUGGGCGCAGCAGGGUCUGGCCGUGUACGCCAUGGACCACGCGCGGCACGGCCACAACCUCGACAACACCGGCUUCACCGGCAUGCGGCGGCUUCCCUUUGCAAACCUCGUCGGCGACGCGGUGGGCUUCAUCGAGUAUGUGCACGGGCGGCACGCCGCCGCGCCCUUCUUCCUGAUGGGACACUCGAUGGGCGGCCUCGUCGCGCUUCUCGCCGCGCUCCGCGUCCAGGAGCGCCACCGCUCGCUGGGCGGCUUCCGAGGCAUGGUCCUCUCCGCGCCAGCGCUGCGAGUCGGAGGGCAGGGCCUCGUGCCACGCCACUCUGUCUACUCGCCGGCGUGGCAGGCGCUCACGCGGCUGCUCGACACGCUCUCGGCCGGCUUCUGGCCAAACACCGGCGCGCCGACGGCGCAGUGCACGACCACAAAGGGCUUCGGCGAGGCGAACGACGCGGACGAGCGGCACUUUGGCGGCAUGAUCUGCGCGGGCUGGGGCGUCCAGUUUGUCGACGCGUCCGAGUAUGCCCUCUCUCGCGCCGCCGAGGUCCGCUGCCCGUUCUACAUCUGCCACGGCGGCGCAGAUGUCGUCGUCUUGCCGGCGGGCACGGCGGCGCUGCACGCGCGCGCGUCCACGCCGGCAGCGGACAAGGAGAAGGUCGUGUACCCCUCCCUUUUGCACGAGGCGCUCAACGAGCCGCAGCGGCACGAGGUGAUGGAGGACAUGCUGCGGUGGGUCCGGUCGAGACUCUGACCAGCGCGCGCUCCCCAGCCCAAUAUGUGUGUGUGCACGGGGCGCCCUGGCGAGGGCCGCAGAGACGCUCUCUUUCUUGUCUGUUGUCUCGCCGAUAUCGUGGAGCCUCGAGGCGAUCGCGGGUCGGUGCGUCUGCGUCGUGCGUGUUUGCGUGUGAGAGAGAGCGUGUGUAUGACUAGUCUCUAGGUAGGCUCGGAGCCACUGCGUGUGUGUGGCCCAUUGGUGCUGCGCGCAGAACGACCAUGCUCAAAUUCUUAACA